AUGCGACACCAGAUCCGGAACCAGAUCGAUUUCUAUGGCUUCUUUCCCGGUGGCUUCAAGAUCCGACACUAUCUCAGUAGAUCCGACACCAGAUCUACUGGUUUGACUGUAGGAUCUUCCGUUUGGUUGUGGGUUCGUCAAAGAUGGUGCUUGUGGGUGGAAGAUCUGGCCAGAUCUAUGGGUUUCGAACAGUGCGAGGUUAUGGCGUCUGCAGAUGCUGAGCUGGAGCGACUGCUUAAGGAGACAGGGAAACAGUUAUCGCUUCCUCAUGAUUAUUGGUACAUCAUACAUGGGUUCGACUGGUCGAGCAACUAUUUCUAUCGGCAUUUCAACAGCCUUUUGAUGUUGUGUAUUUAUGCAUACAAUUAUCAUCUUGCAUGUGUAUAUAAAGCUUAUGAUUUAAGAGACGAGGGUUCAGACUACUUAGGAAAAGUUGUCUCUAAGCCAACAACUGGAAAAGCAAUACACAUGGAUACUGUUUUUUGGUGA